AUGAGAAGUAGAGGUAGACUUGAGAUCUUGGGGUCACUAAAUUCACGCUACACAGGACGUUUAUCUCGUCAGAUUGGGUACCUUCGAUAAAUACUAUCGGAAUAGAGAGAACACGGUGAUCGUUGCGUACGACGAUGUGAGAUCGGCGUCGAGCAUCGAGUACAGUUUGAAUCCGCGGACAGAUCGCUUGCUGGUACCGUCGACGCUCUCUGGGAAAAGAUCAAAGUACUCAGAGGCUGAAGGUUUUGAAAAAUCAUAUCAGCGAAAGUUCUGGUUACAUGGUGCAGGAUGGUCAAGCGAGUACCUAGUGGUGCAGGCAGACAAGAUCAACGAGGAUGCAAACGAGUGUGAUAAAGCUGGCGUGGGAUUCACGGCGUUCGCUGGUCAACCGGAUCGGUGUGAACGUGUCAGUGGAACCUGUUUGAAAAAUCAGCCACUGGACUACUGGAGACACGACAUCGAAGCACGGGAAUCCGGGCGGGCUGGUUGCUACUUCUUGAGCAAUUUCGCCCGGGUGCCGAACGAAGCCAUCAAGUACAACGUGAACGGAACCGGAAGCCGCGAGUUCCUCGCUCUGGAGUACCAUUCGCUGCACGUGUCUGUGAUCGACGUCGAACUCAGGGACGACUACAAUAACCUCCUCAGAGCCGGCUCGUCUGCUCGACUUACCGAGGUUCACACAGAUAACACCGCAAUUGAUUACACGGUGAUAACGCUGCUGAUUACCAACAAAGGCUCAUCUUCGUCCUCUUAUCGAGCACGGAUUACGGACUGUCCCAAAGGAGUUCCGGUAUCGUGGUUGAAUGCCGAGAGCCCGACGAAGACAAUCUCGCCCCAUCGUGAUCGUAAAGUAGCUCUGAAUCUGAACGGCAGAGUCUCGUUAAAUGAAUUCUCCUGCUCCGUGGUACUUUUGAAUCGCAACGACGAGCCAGCAGCACAGAGGGAGAUAAAGGUACGAAAAAUGGAUCGUUGUUCUUGCGUGGGACAUUGCGAGUGCUCGUGCUUGUCUGACUCGCGGGACGAAGAGCAUUGUCAGCCCAUGUCAAAGGAACAUUACCAGGCCGCUGGUUUUCAAGGCCCGAUUCUGAUAAAACGCGUCGAGCCUUCAACUUGGCCCGAUGCUGUUACGAUCGUUUGCCUGGUUUUACUUACUUUGCUACUAUUUUUCCUGUUACUAGGUUUCCUCAAGUGGAUAAUCGGCAUAUGCGUGCCGGUAGUGAGUCGUUGGGGAUUAGACGCUUUACUCGAGACGCGCAAAAUGACAAAGUACUUGGAAAGAGACUUGAAAUCGAGGAACGUUGUGUUCAAUCGAUACGGGCAACCCGUGCAUCCCGACACGGGUCGAAAGUCUGUGAGAUUUACGGACUCUUGUACGUCGAAAUAUCACUGUAACGCGAGAUGGUCUUUCCCCAGGGUAGCAGAAUUUUUUCUAAACCUAACGUUUUUCUUCAUCUAUCCUUUUGGGAUGCUCUGUCUAUCCUGCAAGGAGCCUCGAUGUUCCUGCCAGCCUAACAACUCGGGCCAAUCGAAGGCGAAUCUAAAAGUGUCCGAAAAGGGUGACUCUCCUACGAUGAUAUGCGUCAGCACGUACGGCGACGGUAUAGAUUCCAAGAUGGAAGCGGAGGACACGAGAUACGUAAUAGACGAGCUGAAGAAAUCUCAGGAGUCUUUGCAGAAUUACAAUAGAUACAAAGUAGACGUGGAUAAAUCUUUGUUGUCCUAG